AUGUCAACUGAACAAGAUGCUGUUCUUGGAUUGGCCAAAGAUUUAGAAGGUAUAAAUUUGCUUACUGUGCCCAAUCUCGAGAGAGGACACCAAAGUAAAUUAUGCAAAGAGAAAACUACUUCUGAUUCAUCUUCGUCAAGGAAGCCUUCACAACAGAGAGACAAUUAUAGAAAGAGACGUCCGAAACUUAUAUGUAUCCCAUAUACGUCUUUUCUGCAUACUGGUAUGCACAAUUUUUUGACGAAACCACCAAGAGAUAUAUUUCAUGAAAGUAAAGAAGUAGCUCUGUUUACCAAUGGCCGGGCUUAUACAAUCCUACGCAAAGACCUUAUACCAAAUUUGAAAGAAAGUAUUGCUGAAUUGUAUGAAAGCUCGCUUCUUGAGGCAAAAAAGCGGAAAGUCCCGUAUUUAGGCCAUGACUUAUUUGCUAAUAUUGAUGAGUUCGUUCCCAUGACAAUAUCCGAAUUAGAUAGUGUAUCACCGUGUUUUUCAUACAUUGAGAACUGGAUACUAGAUAAUCCUGGUAAGGAUUUUAAGAUCGGCAAGAAAUUUACUGUUGUAACCACAAGACAUCAUAUCGUAGAUUUGACUAUGCAUCUCUUUAACAGGCGAAAUAGACAAACGUCACUAAUUGUAACUUAUAUGGGGGCGGGCCUUCUUUCAUUUUGCAGAAAUGUAAAAAAAGAUUCUCAAAUGUCCAAAGAGGGCAUUUAUUCAAAUGAUCCAAAUAUGAAGAAAAUUUGCUAUUCAGGAUUUGAAUUUGAAAAUUGGGUAACCGAAAAUUCCAAAGUCGCUGAUUUAACUGGCUCUAAAUGUCCUAUUUUUUCUCUUGUAGAGAGUAAACUUUCAGAAGAAAUUGGUCUUUUAAUUCGCUGCGAAAUGGAUGCAUUCAAUCCUGUUUCGGAGACAAACACAGAACUAAAGUGUUUUGCCCCAUUAUCAAUGCACAAUUCCAAUCAUAGGAGAAAACUUCUGAAAACGUGGGUACAGACGGGUUUAUUACCGAACUCAGAUAUCAUGAUAGGUUUGAGGGACAGUCAUAGCGGUCAAUUACUAGACAUUCAAUGGUACUCAAGGGACUUAUUAUGUAAGAAAUUCAAUCACCCAGGUCUACCUACAAAUAAAAAGGAACUUAACUAUAAUGCCCAAAUUGCGGUAGAAUGGUGUCAUUAUUGUAUUGAAGCAAUUUGUAAGCUGGUGGAGGCAAAUAUCUCUGACUAUAGCAGUACAAAACCAGAAUCAUUUGAAAUCGGUAUAGAUACUAACAACGCCAUCGUCAUCACUAAACUUAAGACUACUCCAAGAAACGUAGAAUUAUUUGGAAUGUAG